AUGUGCCUGCGACCUGCUGGAAACAAACACACCGCUGCCUCCUGCUCUCGUUACUCCCAGCAGGUCCUGUCCUUGCUCAACUCCUGGCUGCUGCAGGCGCUGCAGCUCUACCGCGCCGCGCAGGUCAUCCUGGACUGGAAAUCAGCCUGUAAUCAGCCUGAAAAAAAAGAGCCAGUAGAGCUGCCUAAUGAGGAGAAUAUAUCUUUAACUCCCCCGGAAAAUAAAACUAAGGGGAGCGACAGUGAGCUGGGGCUGCCGCUGCCGGUCUCCUCGCCAGCAGGCUACGCCGGUGCUGCAGGCGUGCUGCGCUCGCUGCCCUCGCCGCCCGCGCCGCCGAGCGCCCUCCUGCUGUCCGUGCAGUCGGAUCCUCCUGUCCCAUCAAGUGUGAAGCCCUGCAGCUCUGUCACUCCUCAGCAGGAGACGAGGACUGACCUCCCGAGCGGGAGUCUGUUGUGGACGCAGAGGGAAGUUGCUGAUGCCACAGACGGUUUUCGUGACGCAGGCAGGAUUUGCCAAGGUGUUUUUGCAGAUGUCUACAAAGGUCACAGGCACAACAGAGUCUACAUCAUCAAAAGACUCAAGGAGGUGGAAUGCACGAGCCCAAACGCAGCUCAGAGGUUGUUUCACACAGAAGUGCAGAUCUGCUUUCGGUGUUGCCAUGUUAACAUUUUGCAACUACUGGGCUUCUCAGUAGAACCUGGAUGUCACUGCCUGAUAUACCCAUACCUGCCUAAUGGAUCACUGCAAAACAAACUUCAUUGUCAAGAUGAUUCUGCUCCACUGCCCUGGGAGAGGCGCGUCAGCAUUUCCACGGGACUAAUCCGAGCUGUACAGUAUCUGCAUAAUUUUGGAAUUCUUCACGGUAAUAUCAAGAGCUCAAAUGUCUUGCUGGAUGAAAACUUCACACCAAAGCUUGGACAUUCGGGUCUGCGAUGGUGCUCUGCUGAUAAGAAAUCAGAGUAUGCCAUGAUGAAAACCAAAGUCCUGCAAAAUUCUCUUACUUAUCUGCCAGAAGAUUUUAUCAGGCAUGGGCAGUUAACAGAAAAAGUUGAUAUAUUUAGCUGUGGUGUGGUCUUAGCAGAGAUAAUGACAGGGAUUAAGGCACUAGAUGAAGGAAGGCACCCUGUUUAUUUGAAAGAUAUGAUUGCUGAUGAAAUUCAAAUAGUGAAAGAAAACUCAUGUUCCAAGGUCAAAAAUUUUGAAAAGCUAGCUGCCAAGGAAAUAUGCUGCAAGUAUCUAGACAGGAAAGCAGGACACUUGAUGGAAGAGACUGCUGUUGAUUUUGCACUGGCCAUCUGCUUUUGCCUGAGAAAAAAGAAUUCUAACAUAGCGGAGGUGCUUGAAAUUAUAGAAAUGGCUGAAAAUAAGUUAAGAAAGCAUAAUAUUUGUGGAGACAGCACUUCUGGAUUUUCCAUGAACACCCCUGAAGAAACAGAUGAUGAGACAAUUAGCCUCAGCGUGGUCGGUGGUUCUUCCCAGGAGAAUAAAGAGGACAGGACACAGAGGAAGGCCGGGGCAGGUGCUGAUCCCUGCGCGCCUGCAGCUGCGGGCGGCUCGCCUGACAUUUACUGUGGCCAAAUGGAGAGGGUCCCCUGUGAAUCCGACGAAUCGAGCAGCUUCCUAUGGAAUUCUGCAGCAGGGUCCACAGAUGAGCUACCUAGCAGCAGUUGUUACAAUUCAGAAAAUACCACAACCUCCGAGUACGGAAAAAAGCAGGAGGGGCCUGUGAAUGGACUCCAGGACAGAAACGAAGCGUCCACCGAAAGCGAUGAGACCUUGGGAACGGGCUCUGCUGCACAGAGCACCCUUCAGCCAGGAAACGCAGCCCUUGGCACUCCGUGUUCCGCUCCAGCAUUAGCUGGAGAGACAUCUUGGAAAAUAAAGAUAAAUGAUCAAAAAAAGAAGCUUAUGGAAAACAUUUUACUAUAUGAAGAAGACAAAUUAAGCAGUUCUGAACUUUUUGAAUCUUAAAUUGGAUGGAUUUAUUAACAGUGGCCUUCUCAGAAGAAAUAAAGACUGUCUCCUCAUUAGAAAGAUGGUAAAAAUAUACCUUUUGAAUACAGUUAAGUUGCAGAUUUUCACCAGCAACAUUAACCCUCUCUGAAGAAAACAA